GAUAUUCAGUUUUGGUCCCUUUAUAUUUUUUUAUUGCAAUUAAAAUAAGUUGUGCAGUGAGCAUUAUUAUCCAGAAUUUUUAGUCAUUUUCCUUUUGCUUUAUGAAUAGGUAAACAAUUGUAGAAUGUUGUAGAAAUGGAUAAACUAGUGAGUGCUAGUGAACUAAAAUCUAUAUGGAAUGUGAUAUCUAUAUGGCGUAGUUUAGGUCUACAGUGAAAUGUUUUGUUUAUUUCUAGAAACACUGAAAUUUUUCUUCUCGUAUACUGGUUUCGUAUUUCAUUAAUUCAUUCAUUCAUUCGUCCAUCUAUUCAUUUAUUCAUCUAUUUUUCUUUGGCAUACUUUUGCCAAUAUAGCAUGAAUCCUGUCUUUUAAAAAAAUAAAAUAGAGAGCCAGAUUUUUUCUCUCUGUCAAAUAAGUGCAUUAAUUUGUUACAAAAUUCAGCAUAAAAUUUGCUGAUAUCAGCAUAAAAAUGUUUAUUUACAUUUUUUAACCUACUAUAUCUUAGUAAGGCAAUGAAUAAAUUGACAUGUAUACCAUUUUCUUGCAUUCUCUCUUCGAGCUCUAUCCAGUGGUACAAGUAUAGGUUUGAUAUAGUGAAUUUCAAAAUAUCACUUGUUGGGAGGAGCGUAGAUAUUUCUUUUUAAAUGGGAGAUAUAUUCAAUAAAAACUAGCGAUCCCAACAACUAAUUCUUUAUUUUAAAUAGUCUAAGGUAACAUUUAGGCAUGAUUUCAAAUCCUUAACAAAUUGGUAAAGUUCUCAUUAAAAAUGCCAAAAUACUCUGAUAUAAAAACACUUAUGACCUUUAUUCUUUACUUGAAGAUUAUAAAUGUUCUGUAAAACAUUCUUGGUAGUAGCGGGAAAGAUUGGUUAUGUAUUUCAUUAACACAAAGCUAUCAAUGUCUAAGUCCAGCUAUUUAUAGGUAACUUUUUUAGAUAACUUUUUGUUCAUAGUCAUGUCUCACAAAAAUAAAAAAAGCAUGUGUGUUAAAAAAGGUGGUGCGUAACUGCAUUCCAAGUCCCCCGCAGAGUAGAUAAUUUGUUAAUGGACGGCCCAGUGGAUUAUUCCACGGGUUAACAUGGUCUGUUAUAUCAUUAGGCUGAGUUUGGCUGAGAUUGAAAAUACCUAACAAGCCGAAAAUUUGGAUUUCCAAAGAAAUUUUUUUUCCGUCUAAAGUAUGUGCAAAUUCAACAAAAUAAAUCCUGCUUGUCACAUUUUUUUAAAUUUUGACCAUGUAAAACAAUUUUUGUUUUUCUCUGACUUUAUUAUUAUUAUUAUUAUUAUUACUAAUAUUUACCCAGGAUAGCCUCUUCAGUUCCUAUUGGUACUGCUAUCAACGAGGGUCCUGCGAAGGGGGUCCUAGCGCAUUUAAAGCUCCCAUUUGAGCUACGAAAGUCGUGGAAGCACAGCAAUCGCUCAACUAGACAACCGCCUAAGAUAUCAAUCCUAUUCUCAUGCUGAGCGCUAAGCAGAAAGGAUAGAUUCACACUUUUAUAGUCUCUGGCAUGACUCGGCCGGGGUUUGAACCCAAGACCUCCUGCACUGGAAGCGAGCGCUCUACCACAAGGCUAUCAGUUUGAGUUAAACUUGAGUUAAAGGUAAAAAGUAGUGUCCAGUUGAUGUAGAGAUAAGCUCAAUAUUCUCAUCACCUUGUUCAUUUUCAAAAUCUGACUUUAUGCCUAAUCAUUUUAUGGUAUUCUGGCUAACAAGUAAUGUUAUAUCAUUCUGUACCACAUCGACUGAUAAUUUGCCAAUGUUGACAGGUGUGAUGAUGUUCUUCUGUGUUUAAGUUGAAUUGUCUUAAAUGAUAUCUUUUUUGUAUUCUUUAGAGUUCUUCAGAGUAUUCAUGUAUCCAAGUUUCGCUUGAUACUAUUUUUGUGCAUGCUGAGUCAAGGAGUUCUCUACCAAAUGAUUCAUCAAUCAAACAAUAUUACUUUUGAUCAGGCACCACAGCAAAUAGCGUUAUGUGAACUUCCUUUGCUUUACUCCUGUUGUUGCUAUUGCUGUUAUCAUUCUUGUUUUAUUUGAUUUAAAAUUUCUCCACUCUUCAUCCUUUUUUAAAGUUCUAUACGGACAUUUUUAAACAAAAUGCUAAAUGUUUUCCAUCUUUAUCAACAGAAUUAGUUCUAUUUGUUUCAGAAUACUUUGGGUUUUUUUCAUAUCCUUUCCUGUAUCUACGAUACAAACAUUCUUUUUAAUGGACAAUGUCCCAUUGUGUCCUUUGAUUUCAAUGCAAUAAAUAUUUUAAUUAUCAUAUCGUUCAUAUCCUUCUAUUUGUGAUCAUCACAUGUUGUGCGGGCUGAUUUCUGUUACCUUUAGACAUGUUUGUUGUUCACAGAAAUAAGUAAGCUUCAAAUGCUUCUGGUAGUUCUAUAUUAAAUAUCUUUAGUUUGCUAUACAAUAUUUCAAAUUCAACAAUUGUUCAAACCCUUAAAAGGAAUAAAAGCUGUUGUGCUUUCAUUUUUCAAAUAGAUAGUCUAGUUUUUGCAUUAAUUUUGGAUAACUUAUCAUCUGCUCCAAUUUCAAUAGUAGUUAUCUUCCACAUAGCUACAUGUGCAUGACCCUUUAAAGAUAAUUAAACAGCAGGACCUUGAUUCCUUUUUUAGAAUUCUGUGAACAUUUUCCCAUUGCUAUAAUCAUUCUGUUCAUCAAAUACUAGUGGAGCCUUCAUCUGUGUUGUCAUCAUCAUUUAUUGGGAGUUUUCUAAGUAAACAGUCAAGCGUUUGUAAUAAAUCCACAGCAAAACACAAGCCAUGGUACAACAAUUGUAACUGCCUUACCAGACAAAACACAUCCAGGUGUGUGCUCUCAAAGAACCUUUUUGUGUGACAGUUUUGUGAUUAUAAAUACUAUGAAAUUAUGUACCAUGGCAUAGUUUUAUUAAUUAAAUUUCUAAAGUCAAAUUUUUUAACAAAUGUUUUUACAUUAUUAGAUAACAUGAAUUUACAAAAAUAAGAAACUCAAUAAGGAUAUAUCACUGGUUUAUUUUGUUUUUUGUAUGACUUUUCAAUGGCAGCUACUGGCAAUAUAUCAAUCAAUUUGUUUACUAUUAGUGACAUGUGAAUGUUGUUGGGGUUUUGCUACUGGAAUAAUGUAUCAGCUGGCUACAGAUGUUUCUGAAGUGUGGUUUCCAGCACAUCAACAUGCACUUGCAACUAAUAUCAAUAUGUCAAUGAUGAAUGUUGGUUUUGGAAUUAGUUACCUUCAAACCAUGGUGUUAUUCAACAAUUCAAAGUCUAUGUCAAAUGCAGACUUACAAAACCAUCUCAAUAUUUUAAUCUACAGUCAGAGUGUGCCAUGUCUUUUAGUAUUUGUUUUGAUUAUGUUUUUUUAUCGUGAAAGUCCAAAAUAUCCACCUUCAAUAUCACAAGCUCGACGAACUGGGCCUGGAAAUAUCUCUUUCUUGGAGACUAUAGAUUCUAUAAAAAUUCUUGGUAAAGAUUACAGAUUUGUUAUAUUUGCUUUUAUCUUUGGAUUUAAUGGUGCAUUUGGUGUGACAUACCCGGUUAUAGCAAACCUUUUAAUCACACCCAGUUACAAUAACAGUGACAAAUUAGUUUCAGUGAUGGGUAUAUUGGCUGUUGCAAUUGGGUUUGUUGGUUGCGUGUUGUUUAGUAUGAUUCUCGAUAAAACAAAGAAGUUCAAAACUAUACUUAUGCUCCUGUUAAUUGUUUCUUCAGCAUUGUUUACAAUGUUUUCGGAAUUUUUAAUCCAUAUUUAUCCAGUUUAUGUGAUUUAUCUUAUAUCAACUUUAGCUUGGUUCUUUUUCACGCCCACCACAGGUGUAUUAGCUGACAUUAUCUCCGAAAUUACAUACCCGAUCAAUAACAGUACCUCUUUAGCUUUCUGUUCUGUAAUUAGUGGUUUAUUUACUGCUAUAGUAACACAGAUAUCUGGAUGGCUUUCUGACAAACGUAAAGUUGGAAUAUUGGAUUAUAUGUUAUGUGGCAUCCUAGGAAUUCAAAUAUUGUUGUUGAUAGGAGUCCCGGUUGUCAAGAAACGAAGCUUGUCUGACAGUGAUGGUGUCAUUUCUUCAUCUGUUGAAGCAACUUAAUUGUCACAGUCGUACUUUAUGGACAUAAUUAACCCUGUUCAGGCUGGACGGGAGGCGUAAAAAAGUGUCUCCGGAAUUGUUUGCAAUAAUAUCUAAGUAUGCCGGAGGUCAUUAUUUAGCUUAGGGUAUCAAAAAUGUUUUGUUAUGCCAUCACACUUUAUUGCCAUGAUGAUUCAUUCUUGAACAGGAAGUGACAAGAUUUGUCAAUAUUUUUUCUUAAAAUUAUAAAGUCAUAAAAAAAGUCAAAUCAGGUUGACAAAUGACAACCUUCUAGAGAUUAUAUGGUGACGUUGUUAUAAAGUGAAUGACAUCAUUCAAUGACUUUUGUGCCAAAGUUGAAUCCUAAAUCACUUUAGAAGAGGGGUUGGUUGUAGCCAUCUCUCCCCUUUCUUGCUCUAUCCUAAAAAAGCCCAACCUAAAUUGUAUUAAUAGAUUGUAUUUAUAUUUUCAUUCAAAAUGAUAAUAAGAAUUACUUUUUAUAGCAUGGUAGUGUUUUAAUAUUAUAAUAUUAAUAUUAUAUUUUUUAUGGUAACUACAACUAAUAUUUUUAAAAUAGAAGAUGUAAAUAAAAAUAUUUGACUAAAAAUUAUUAGAUACUAAGUAUAUUUUGUAUGCAUUAAGCAUUGUUUAUAGUUUUUGAAUCGAGGGACUGUAGGAACAGAUUUUUGAAAUAUAUAACAUGUAACUUUAUUAUUUGUUUUUAUUAACCCUUAGACUCUAAAACGUGUUUUUUAAAAAACUCAUCUGUUUUUGCUGACAAUCCUUUAUUGUUAAAGUAAAUUUCUGGUCACCAAGUGUUUCAACCAUAAAGUUUCUUAAGCGCGAAUCUUUUUAUUUUAUAUGGACAUCAAGCCGUGAGUGGUUAUUAGAUGUGACCACUAGAUUGAAUUUUAGUAUUUUAGCCUUACACCAAUUGACAUGUAUCGGAGUGUUAAGGUUAAGGCAUUUAACAGCAUUGCAGAAUAUAUUGUAUGUAAAGAUGGCUUGUUAUAAUAUUGCAAGUUCGACUGUUUUUGUUCCUGUGAAUACUUGGGCUUACAGUAAGUAAGCUUACCUUGAUGAUUUAUAAAAAACAAUGCAAAUAAAAUGAUAAUCUUCAUUCUUUUGGCAAAAGAAUUUAUGGUAAUUAAUUCAUCUUUAUAAUAUUUAUGCAUUGAUAAAGUUUGAUUGCACAUCCCUUAAUGGGUCUAAAAUAAUGAUGACAGAAAAUGUCAAAAUUUGCUAUUACUUAAAUAUGACAUCAUAAUUUAUGCAGUAUAGUUAAAUCUGAAAUUCUUAAAAUGUGAAUAUCUUGAGAACGAAAAGAGCUUUUUAAAAACUUUAAAAGACUUGCUACCUAACUUUUUAAGCUCUAUAAUAUAAGUACAACAUCAUGCUACUUUAAAAAAAAUAUUUUUUUUAGUGUAGACAACAAUGGGUUUAUCAGACCAGAAUUGCCCUUUUUCCAAAAAAUAAUUAAUUUAACUACCUUUUUAACUAUGUGUACUUUUUCCAAGUGGUAUAAAUUAAAAAGUUUUUUUAUUACUGUUUUAUUUUGAUUGUUAUUUAAUUUUCAACAUCAUAUCGAUACAUUGACUUUCUGAUGCACAAGUUAAAUUAGGCUACAGUUACUGUGCUUUUGUCUGUUUCAAUACAUUUUGCAGCCAUCCCUCAUAAUGUUAUCUUUUUUUUAUUAAUUAUUUUUUUAAGACGACUUUCUGAAUUAUAAUUUUUUUUAAAUAAAAACCAAAAAUUAUUAUAGUUUGGUUUAAACCUGUGUCAAAACCCUCAAACUGAUCUUUUAAACAAA